AUGACUCCAUCUUCGUCUUCUUCUCAAGUGGUCGUUGCCGUCACCCAGGCAGAGCCAGUCUGGCUGGACCUUGAUGCAGCAGUUGAUAAGACGUGUGCACUCGUCUCCGGGGCCGCAAAGAAUGGUGCCAAAAUCAUUGCAUUUCCCGAAGCCUGGAUCCCAGGCUACCCCGCUUGGAUCUGGUCCCGGCCGAUGGACCCGGAAUUGACCACCCGAUAUAUUCAGAAUUCGCUCAAGCUGGACUCCCCUCAAGCGGCCAAGAUUACCCAAUCGGCUGCCGAGCACGGCAUUGUCGUGGUUCUCGGCUUUUCAGAGAACGUCAACGGCUCGCUCUACCUCUCGCAGGCCGUCAUUGACGCCGACGGCACGAUCCGCGUCGCGCGAAGCAAGAUCAAGGCAACGCACAUGGAGCGGACCGUCUUUGGAGACUCGUAUGGCAACUGCCUGGACAGUGUCGCCGACACCGAGGUGGGCCGGGUCGGCGCCCUGAACUGCUGGGAGCAUCUGCAGCCGCUGCUCAAGUACCACCUGUACUCGCAAAGGGAACAGAUCCACGUGGCGUCGUGGCCGCCCGUUUACAACGACGUCCCAGACGCCUGUCUGGAAUCCAUGUCGGCCAAGGGCAUAUCGGCAACUGUACAGGUGUACGCAAUCGAGUCCCAGGCAUUCGUUCUCCACUGCACGGCUGUAAUGAGCCAGCGCGGUAUUGACCUGCUGCGCCUCUCGCGCGGGUCGUUGAUAAGCACACCCGGGGGCGGUCAUUCGGCCGUGUUUGGGCCGGAUGGGGCAAAGCUGAGCGUUGAUAUACCCGAGGACGAAGAGGGCAUCAUUUACGCCACCAUUGAUCUGGACGAGAUCCUCAAAGCUCGGGCAUUCAUCGACGUCUGUGGCCACUACAGCAGGCCAGACCUCUUGUGGCUGGGUGUGGACAAGGGGAUCAAGCGACAUCCUCUCACAGCUUUCCUGGGUAUUUGA